CUUCACAAAAAUGGAGUCUCUGUCUUUGUAGUAUGUUUCUCUCACACGUCCCAUCUCCUUCCUUUUUCUCUCUUUCUUUGUUAAUGGAAAUCAACUAAUCGGCGAUCAUCUCUUCCUCUUUGUGAACUGAUCGCUGGGUAAUUCUAUAAUGCCAACCUUCAUUUUAAGCUUCCUUUGCUUUUCAACGAUUUCGUCUGAAUAUUGACCUACGAUUUUGUUUUUGAAAGUCACAGCGAGAAGUUGAUAUCAAUAUAUAUUUUUUUAUACAAUUUCUUAAAAGGGGUUCGGAGUCAAAGCUGAGUCGUAAUACGAAAUGCUAGAUCUUAAUCUCAAUGUCGCGUCGCCUGAGUCGACUCAGGGAUUGGACUCGGUGGCACCUUUUACUGAUGAGCUCAUCAACGAAGGUUCAAGGAACCAAAUGGACGAAUCCGGGACCUCGAAUUCGUCAAUCGUCAACGAAGACGGCGAGUCGUGCUCGACACGCGCCAGCGGGGAGGCGUUCACUCUGAGUUUCGACAUACUCAAGGUCGGAAGGGAGAGCCGAAACCACGAGGCGGCAUUAGUGGUUACCAGGGAACUAUUUCCGGUGAAGGGAAUCGGAGCGGAUUUCGGAAGCUCUGAAGGUCAAAGCUCGGGAAACAGUAGCAACAAGAGCAAAUGGAUCGAUCUUUCAUUCGAGAGAAAAGAGGCUGCUGCUGAGCCGCGAGUGAUGCAACAACAACCUUUACAGACGGUGAAGAAAAGCCGUCGAGGACCUCGCUCUAGAAGCUCGCAGUAUCGAGGAGUUACUUUCUACAGAAGAACUGGACGAUGGGAAUCUCAUAUCUGGGAUUGCGGGAAACAAGUAUAUUUGGGUGGAUUUGACACUGCUCAUGCUGCUGCCAGAGCCUAUGAUCGAGCGGCUAUUAAAUUUCGAGGUGUUGAUGCUGAUAUCAAUUUCAGUCUCUGCGAUUAUGAGGAUGAUAUGAAACAGACGAAGGAUCUGAGUAAGGAAGAAUUCGUGCACGUUCUUCGUCGGCAGAGUGCUGGUUUCGAGGGAAGCUCGAAAUAUCUAGGAGUAACGUUGCACAAAUGCGGCAGGUGGGAAGCACGGAUGGGGCGGUUCCUAGGCAAAAGGUGA